AUGAUAGUCGAUGAUAAUAAUAAUAAUAAUAGUUUCUUUCAAGAAAUUGAUAAUCAAGAUUGGAUAUUAGAAAAGCCGAUAUCAGUAUUUGCUUUGGAUGCAAUUGAUCGACGAGUUUUAAAAGUAGCUGAUCAACGUGAUGCUGUACAAAAAAAGACCUUUACUAAAUGGAUCAACUUUUAUUUGUCACAGAAAGAUGGUUUAUAUGUUGAUGAUUUAUAUCUUGAUUUAAGAGAUGGACACUUACUUUUAUCUUUAUUGGAAAUAUUUACUAAUCAAACAAUUACCCGUGAACGGGGUACAUCGAAAUUUCAUGCAUUAAGAAAUAUUGAACGGUGCCUUGAAUGCCUCGAACAGGAUCAUAAUAUUCGCCUGGUAAAUAUUCGACCUGAGGAGUUAGUAAAUGGUAAUCCAAAAUUGACAUUAGGCCUCAUUUGGCGUAUUAUUCUUCAUUUUCAAUUUUCUGAUAUAAAUUUAACUUCAUCGAAUGAGACCGUUUCAAUAAAUACUCAACAAACAGUAUCGUCUAUUUCAAUGAUUGAAUCUUUAUCAGCAUCCGAACAAACAACAAUAAAACCUUCGAAAAAUCUAUCAGUCGAUCACAUACCAAUAAACUAUCGUAAUAAGUUACUUAUAUGGGCUCGUCAGCAAUGUCAAGGUUACCCAGGAAUUUAUAUCGAUGAUUUUACGCGUUCAUGGCGUAAUGGUCGGGCAUUUCUUGGUAUACUUCAUCGACAUAAUCCAAAUUUAAUUAAUUUGAGACAAGCCUAUUGUGCUUCCAAUAGAGAAAAUUUGACUCAAGCUUUUAAUUUUGCACAAAAACAUUAUGGCAUUACACAACUUAUCGAUCCUGAAGAUGUCGAUACUGAUGAACCGGAUGAAAAAAGUAUUUUACUAUAUAUCGCCUAUUUAUAUAAAGCAUGCCCAACAUUACCCAGUCAUCCAUUGCGACAAGAACAUGACAGAAUUCGACUUGAAAGUGAAUUAGCCUCCAGAUACAGAAAUCUUGCAUCGAACCUAAUUAAAUGGAUAAAAACAAAAUUAGAUUUUUUAAAUCGUGAAAUCAAAUUUAAAACUCUUGAAGAAUUUGAAACGUUUGAAAAAUUUUCAUACGUACUAAAAAAUGAUGAACUAUCAAAAUAUAAUCAAUUGUUACAUCAGUUACGAUCGAUUGAUGAAGAAUUUAAAACUUUUCAAUAUCAUCAAUCAUUAGAACCUGAUAUUGAAUCAAUAAAUUUAGCUUGGCAUGAACUUGAAAGAAGUGUUCAUUGUAUUGAAAAUGAUCUUAACAAAUAUAAACGAUUAGUGAUUGAUUUAGAUUUAAUUGAACGAGAUAUUGCAAAUAUUGAAAUAAAAUCAAAACAACUAGAUAGUCAUUCAAAAAUGAACUAUAUGAAUGAAAUACAAUCGAAAUUAGAUCAGAUAUUAACGAAUUAUAGAACAUUGCUAUUAUCAAAUGAACAAAUUCAAAAUCUUCUUGAACGAAUUCAUCAAUUACAUUUACGCAUUAAUAUUAAUUUAAAUUUAUCAUCGAUACCCACCAAUGGUUCUCAUCAGAUAUUAAAACAAAAGACUCAUUCAUCUACGUCAACUAAUGUUGAAAAACUAAAUGUUACCGUUACUGGAGAUUUUAGAAUCGAUUCUGACUCAUCACAUACUAUGAAUGCUGAUGUGAUACAGUCGACUAUAGUAGAUCUAUUCGAAGAACUUCAUUUGAUCGAUUCAAAUUUACAUAUACUUGAUCAAAUACUUGAAAAGUGUAUAAACUGUGUAUUACAAAAUAAUUUACCAAGAUUUAAUGAUGAUCUGCUUACAUAUUUUAAGCAACAUAAGACAAAUAAUUGUGAACAAGUGAUGCAGCGCUCUUUUUCUUCUUCUUAUGCCGAUCAUCGCCAACAUCUUCCUCGUUCAUCAACGACAACAUGUCGAUAUUUGCCAUCUCGUUCUGUUUAUAAUACUAGCAAUGAUUAUUAUUCAUCCGACACUGAUUCUCAGCAUCAAACAUAUCUCCAACGAGCAUCUUCGACAAGUAGUUUCUCAUCGACAAGUUCAGCUUGCAGUGCUAGCUAUCGCAUCUUACCAGUACGUUAUUCGUCAGUAGAUAGAAUUCUACCUAAAUCACCAACAGUAACAGCUAAUGAACGUGGUAUUAACGUACGCAUACGUUUUGAAAGUCCACAUCAUCAUCAUCAUCAUCAUAAACAUAAUAAUAACAAUCAUCAUCAUCAUCAUCAUCGUCAUCAUCAGCAUCAUCGUGAGGAAAAAAGCGAAAAAUCUGAACAUCAUCACCAUCACAAACAUAUGACCAAAGAACAUCAACAUUACGGUUCAUGUCCUGUGCUUGAUGAAAAUCAUCAUAGAUCCAGUUCAUUGGGCCCAUCAAAUAUAACAUACAUUGAAACUAGAUCGAUUGUACGCGGUAGUUCAAAUGAUCGACUUAACAAGAAUAAUCAUUCAAAUUCCUUAAAUAUUCAUGAACUAUCUGUUCCAAAAUCACCAAUAACAAAUACACGAAUAAAACAUAUUCCACUGAAUUCAAAUGUUCUAUCUACAGGAGAAUUCGAAAAUAACCUUCUUUCACAAGCAAGCCGUAUUAAAGAGAUUCGUAAUCAUAUUCGACAAGAAUAUCAUUUAUUAUCUCAUCAAGAAUUACGUUCAUUGGUUAAUCAAACAUCAGAUCAUGUUCAAAAUUUAUUUACAACUUCGAAAAUUUAUUCUGAUAAAUUGUUGAUUGCUGAAGCUGCUUUAAGUCUUCUCAAUAAUAUAUCACCUAAAAUGAUGGAAAUAGAAACUCAAUUACUUUCUCAAAGUUCGCCAAUUGACGAUGAAAAUUAUUUUCACCGUCAAUUAAAUGAACUUAAUGAAUUACAUAAUCAUUUAAAAAGUCUUGAGAAGCCUAUCAAUGAGCUUCUCAAUCAAAGUGAACAACUUAAUAAUGAGAAAUUAAGUAGUAUUAGCGAACAAUUAGCAUCACGUGGAAGACAAACUACAUUAGAAAUUAUUCAAAGAAAACGAUCGAUUAAACAAACGAUUGAAGCUUAUCGAUCGUUCAAAAAAUUAUUCGAACAAGAAGAACGUAUACUUUAUAAUAUUGAAAAACGUAUGCAACAUCUUGAACCAAUAUCAAAUGAUUCAAUACAACUAAAAAGAAUGUCAAAAAUUGUUACUGAUCUGUUCAAUGAUAUUCUUUCUCGAGCACAAUUGAUUGAACAUAUGAAUGAUGUUGCUAUUAAAUUUAUACAAGAAGUUAAGAUGCAUGACAAAAAUUUAAAACAUUUUCGUGCAUCAUUAUGUUGUCCAUCAAUGUCUAUUAAACAACAAAAAUAUCCAUCUAAUAUUCAAAAUGCUUCUCGAGCUGUUUUACAUAAAGUUGAAGGAUUUGAUAGACAUUAUGCUAAUCUUCUUGCUAAUAUGGAAGAAUAUGCAAGAUCAUUUUUAAAGAAUUAUAAUGCAAUUGGACAAGCAAUUAAUCUUCCUAUAGAUUCAGUAUCAACGAUUGUUCAUCUUUAUCGAAGUACAAUCGCAUCUCGAUAUAAUACUUCUAUAGAAGCUCUUCUUUCAUCCGAUAAUGAUGAUGAAGAAAAAAUUGUUUCAUCAUCACCGUCAUCCAUAUUACAGAGCCAACAAAACAAGCACGAAACAGGUUUUAUUGACUUGUCAAACGAAAAGGUCACUGUUGAUCGCCAUCAUCAUCAUUAUUAUCCUUUAUUAUCAUUAGACGGUUCAGUUUCACUUGAAACUACUUAUGUUAUUCCGGCAAGCGAAUUAUCAUCGCCAUUUGGAAUAGAUAAUGAUCUAACAAAUAAUAAUAAUAAUAAUAAUAAUAAGAAAGUAAGAUUUAUCAUAGAAAAACAAAAUCAACAGCCAACAUCAACAGUUGUGAAGAGUCAUAUAAUCAUAACAAGUUUAAAAUCGAAUGAAAUGACACAACGAAAAAAUCUUUCGUUUGUUGAUGCGGUCAAUAGCAAAUAUCUCGAUUUGUCAACGGGUCUCUUUUCUUCUCCCUUUCCAUUCGUUCUUUCCUCUUCUUCUCCUUUUUCUUCCUCUACAUCGCCGCCCGAUCAACAUCGCUACCCUCACAACCAUUUUUCUUCUACAUCGUCUUCGCCGCCACAUACGGCUACUAACACAACCAACAGCAAAAAUCUUCUCUCCACGUCGUCGUUGUCGGUGAAUAAUCGUCCUUUUCCCGUUGGCGCAGACUCCACUACAACCACAAGUAAUACAACGACGACCAUUACAUUGAAAGAGGCGAUCGAUGCAAAUAUUCUAGACUCGCGUAGCGCCUACGUAGUCGAUACGCUCGAACAACGGUUAGUAAAAUUACAACAAAAAAAUAAUUACGAUCUACGUGAAGCAUAUUCUCGGGGUUUAAUAAAUCCAAUCAAUCAUCAUAUUAUUGAUCGUGUUACAUCACGUGAAUUAGACUUAGGUGAAGCAUUAAAAAUGGGUAUUCUCAAAGUUGGUGAUCCUCAAUCAUAUAAUAUUAUUUCAAAAACUGAAUCACUUAUUAUUUCAAGUGUAUUUGAUCAUCGUUUGAAUACAUUUGUUGAUCCGAAUAUUGCCAUACGCACAAAAAUACUUGAUCCAUAUCAUGGUUUAUAUUUAAAUAAUUUAACACAAGAAUCAAUAUCAAUCGAUGAUGCUAUGAGUAAAGGUUUCAUUAUCGUUGAACAACAACCACCACAGAAAACAACAGAUCAUAAUCAUCAUAAUGAUAAAUAUGUUAUAUCAACAUCAUUAAUACGUGAAACUCGAUCAUAUCAUUUAUUAGGUGUUCAUGAUUAUAUCAGUAAUAAAGAAUUGCCAGUACAAGAAGCUAUACGUUUGGGCAUCUUAGAUAAACAAAAUGGACAAUAUAUCAAUCGAAAAACGAAUGAAAUCUUAUCUAUAUCAGAAGCUAUUGCACAAGGACAUAUACGGGCACAACCAUUGCCCGUUGAAUCUUCAGCAAAUCAAGAAACAAUAAAUACUCAGAGACGUGGUACAGUUAAAGAAACAAAAACUUAUACACUUAAAAGUGCUAUACAUCCAAAAACACGUCAAGAAAUUCCCAUACGUUUAGCUAUUGAUGAAGGAAUUAUUGAUCACGCAAAAGGUUUUUAUGUAAAUAGUUUAACAGGUGAAAAUCUUCCAAUAAGUGUUGCCAUUGAGAAAGGUUUAAUAUUUACUGAAUUAAUUGAACAACAUCCAAAACGUUAUGUUAAAACGUUAAUUAUUGAACAAGUUAUUGAUCCUGUUACAAAUCGUCGUUUAGGUGUCAACGAAGCUAUUAGAACAGGUUUAUUAAAUUCGAAUAUAACAAUAUAUUAUCAUUCAGUAACACAAAAACAAAUGACUGUACUUGAAGCAUAUGAACAAGGUUUAAUUAUUGGUAAAUUUCGUGAUCAACAUCCAUCAUCAUUCUAUGGUGAUCAGCAUGAACAAGUUUUUUAUUUAAUAACUGGCAUUAUUGAUAUACGCACAGAUAAAGUAUACAACCUUCAAGAUGGUAUACAACAAAAAUUAUUUGAUCAUAAAAAAGGUGUUUAUAUUCAUCCAAUAACAGGCGAUGAAAUCAAUAUAGGUGAUGCUGUUAAACGUGGUCUUAUACAAGUGCAAGCUGUAUCAUCACAAAUUAUAUUUAAUAAUACCGAUCAAAUAUCAACAGAUAGACGUCAUACAAUAAUAAGUCAAGAACCAUAUGGUAAUUCAAAUGAUUCACGUUCAAAAUUAUCGAUACGUAUUGAAUCUCAAGCACGUUCACGUACACCAUAUGAAAUAAACGAAUCGGAAAGUUUACAACAUGAAAAAGAUGUCGUAGAAAUUGAAUCUAUACAACGCUUACCAAGACAUAAACAAAAUUUUAUUACACGUGAAGAAGAAAUUAUUGAACAACAUACAAAAAAUAUUGUUGAUAGAGAAAUAUUUAUUGGUCGAAAUGGAGUAAAUCGAGCUAAAUCAAAUGAACGACAACGACAACAAUAUAUUGAAGAAGUUGUUAUUGAUGAUGGUACUCCAAAUAAUCGUCGGGCUAAAUUUGAUAUUAAAGAAGAUCGACAUUCAUCACACAGAGAAAUUGUUAUUGAAGGUGAUAGAUAUGUUCCACCACCUGCAAAAGAUCAACUUAUUAUUAAUGGUACACAUCGUGAACAUGAAGUGCGAGUUGUUCCAGGUACGCGUCCACAUGUUCCAUUAUCACCACCACGUCCAGUUCAUAUUGAUGAUCGUCAACGUGAAGGUCAACGUAUACAUCAUGGUGAACUUAUUAUUGAAGAUCAUCAACGUCCAUAUUCAUCAGCAUCAACUCAUACAACAGUACAAAAAGAAUAUAUUGAUAUAACUGAUAAUCAUGUUAAAAUUUCUCCAGUACCAAAACAACAAAUCAAUGAUUAUGCCUAUGAUGAACAACAAUCAUGGACUGAAGAAGAAUGGGAACAAUGGCAUUGUAUAAUGAUGAUUAAAGGAGAACCAUAUCGUGUUGUGUGGGUAAUGAAUACAGCAACAGGUGAUCGGCUACCAUUACAAAAUGCCUAUCAACGUGGUUUAGUAGAUACUAAACAACGUUUAUUUUAUGAUGAAAAAUUAAAUCGUCAAUCUUAUUCAUUUGAAAAAGCUGUUGAAUUAGGUUAUAUGGGUGUUGAACCCGAUACAGCAUCGUUACCAAUACAUGUCGAUGGCAUUGAUUAUAUGAUACAUUGGGUAUUAGAUCCAUCAACAAAACGUCGAAUAUUUCCACGGCAAGCUGUACGUAAACAAAUUUUAGAUCCUCUAAAUGGUCGUUAUAUAAAUCCAUAUAAUAAAUCUCAAGUAUCAUUACAUGAAGCUAUUUAUUUGAAAUUUGUUGGUGCAACAGAAUAUAAUUCAACAAAUGACUCAAUUGUUGUCACAAUUAAUGGACAAACCUAUAAUAUUAAAUGGGUUUAUGAUACACGAAAUAUGAAGAAAAUCUUACCGCGUGAGGCAUUAAAACAAGGUAUUUUAGAUGUACAAGUAAAUGAAUAUCGUAAAUUUGAUACCAAUGAUAUAAUGACUAUUUAUGAUGCUAUUCAAGCUGGUUAUAUUCGCUGUAAUGAUGAUGACUCAUCAUCAGACAAUAGUAUAAGGCCACCAUCAAUAAUAUCUAUUGAUGAAGAUGAAUUGACAAUAGCAACUAAAACAGCAACAUAUGUUAUUACAUCGGUUAUACAUCCAUUAACACAAAAAGAAAUUAAAGUUUCCGAAGCUAUCGAUUUGGGUAUACUUGAUAAAGAUAUAGGUAGCUAUCGAGAUUUAGUGACUAAUGUUCAGUAUGAACUAGCUGAAGCUAUCAACGAAGGUUUAGUUUAUGCAACAAUAAUUGAAACAAAAGAAGAUACAGAAAUGUUAACGUCAUCCGUACAAGAAAUAAUUCGAAAAUUUAUUGUUAAAAGUGUAGCUGUUGAUAGUGAAUCAUUAGAAAAAAUCGGUGGUUUAGAAGCACAAGCUAUUGGUAUACUUAAUUAUGCACAAGGUGUUUAUCAUGAUCGAAAAUAUGGUGUAAAAAUCCCACUUGAUAAAGCUAUUGAAAAGAAAUUACUCGAUGUAGAGCUUAUUAGUCAAAAGAGAUUUGAAGAAUAUGAUUUAGAAUUAAUAACUGAUACCAUUACAGAAAAACGUAUUACUUUAUAUAAAGUUCAUGGUGUACGUAAUAAUGUAUUAGAUCGUAUGGAAUCCGGAGCUGUUGCUGUAAAAAAUCAAAUAAUUGAUACAGAAGCUAAAACUUAUACUGAUUUUUCAACUGGUGAAACAAUGACCAUUCAAGAAGCUAUUAAUAAAAAUUUAAUUGAAGCUGAAAUAAGUGAACAUGUUGAACGAAAACCAUUAGGAUUAUCAAUGCAAAAUGCUAUUCGACUUGGAUUUUAUGUAGCUGAAACAGGUACAUUCCGUGAUCCAGCCACAGAACAUUAUAUGGCACUAAUGGAAGCUAUUGAGCGUGGCCAUAUUCAUGUCAAUGGUAUUGCUUUUGCCGAUAGUGAACAAGGUCCAAUAACAUUAUAUGAUGCAUUUUCAUUGGGUUUAAUAAAUCGUCGUGAUGGUGGCAAAUUAAAUCCAGCUAAGAUUAGUCUAUAUCGUGCACGGUUAGUUGAAUCAAAAUUACAUCGUAUGAAUGUAGAAGAUGCUAUACGUUGCGGUUUAUUGAAUCUUCGAACGGGCCUUUAUAAACAUCCACAUAGUGGUGAACAAUUAAAUUUGAAAGAAGCUAUUCAACGUGGUUUAAUCGAUGGACAAAGUACAAUUAUUGAACAUCCAACAAGUGGACGUUUUAUGACAUUAAAAGAAGCACUAGACGGCAUUAGAAUUGAUCAUGAUGGACAAGUUAUUGAUUCAUAUACAAAUAAAACAAUAACAACAUUAGAAUUAGCUUUUAAUCAUAGAAAAUUAUUUUCACAAUUUGAUGUUAACGCUGGUGAAGUCUUUCUACCUUUACAAAAUGAAUCAGUUGGUUUUGAAAAAGCUAUACGAAAAAAUUUACUCGACAAUAAUCGUAUGAAAUUAUUCGAUCCUAAAGCCAGCCGUGAAUAUACAAUACAAGAUGCUAUUGAACGUGGCUUAGUAGAUUCUGAAUCAGGUUUAAUCUAUGAUACACAUACCCACACGCAAUAUUCUAUACGAGAAGCUAUUCGACAUGGCAUUGUUGCUAUUGUUGGUGCACCCCUAGUACCAAUUAAAGCCAACCAUGAAACAGUUGCAGCUAAAAUAACAUCAAGAAAACAUCGACGACAUUCAUUAGCUAAAAGUUCAUUACAUUAUGAUUAUAAUAGUGCACCAGAUUCAGCCGAUGAAGAUUCCCAAGGAAGCGGUUGGCAUCGCAUCAAGUCAAAAGCACGAGCUAUUAGUCCAUUGAGUGUUGAUGGUACUGCAAAGGAUUUAAAACACAGUAUUCGUCGACGAACUGGCUCAAGUCCCACACGAACAUGUCGUGAUGAUGAUUGGAGAACACGAUGGAAUGGUGGAAAUCAUAAGGAUGACGAUGAUGAUGAUGAUGAUACAUUUAAAUCUGGUGAAGGAUGGAAACGUUCUGGUGGAAAUUCAUUCUAUUCAAGUGCUACAACUCGAGUACAACAAAAUAAUAAUUCUUCAGAUCAAUCACAAGGAGGACGUACAUCGUCAGGUUUUCAACAAAAGCAACAACAAUUAUCUUCUUUGCCAACAGCCGUAUCCAAGGAAUCAUCGAUAUCAAAUAAUCAAGAUAAUGAAAAACUAAAUGAGCCAAAGGAAAAUACUAAUGAUGUUUCAUCAACAACAGAUCUUUCUAAUGAACAUUCAUUAUCACCAACUAUUGAUAAUAAUCAUGAUGUACUACAUACAUCGACUUCAUUCGAAUCUACACCGAACGUACAGCAUGGCGAAAAUCGUGUCAUUCUGGAUAUGCAUGAUGUUGCUGGUCGUUUAACAUCAUAUCAUAAUCAAUUAAAUCAGUAUGUUUAUUUAACUGACAAUCUGGAUGAACUUCGCAUCAAUGUCGAACAUAUUAAAACAUUACAUGUAGAAAUUGAAAGAGAAAAACCAAUUGUUCAUAAUCUUAUUGAACGUGCGACAAAUAUCAAUGAGCAAUUGUCAAUGCUUAGUAGAGAUCUUGAGGAUAAACGACUUGAAAUAUCUGAUAUCAAUAAUGGUUUGGGUAAUUUGAUUGAACAAUUUAUUAUUCGACUCGAUCAGUUUAAUAUCAAAUAUGCUCAUUUAACUGAAUGGCUAAAAGACAACGAAAAAGAAAUGGAAAAUAAUGCCCAGUUAUCAACAAUAAAUACUGAUAAUGAAAAAUUCAAGAAUAUUCUGAAUACAGGAAUUAAUUUACGAAACGAUCUAACAUCUCUUCAAGAAAGUUUACAAGCAAUUGAUUUAAUCAUACAAGAUUUUCAACGCGCAACUGAAAAUACCGAUGGUGGAAAAUCUGCAAUGAUUUUCAAACGACUUCAACAAUGUUUUGAAUUGUUAUCAACAAAUUAUUUUGAUUUUCUUAAACAUUGUAAACAAACAUCAGACAUGUGUGAACGUCAUCUGAUUUUCCUCAAUGAAAUUAAUCAUCUCGACGAAGAAUUCCGCAGGUCCUUGAAUGAUUUUGAUCAGCAUUUAGCUGUUAAUGAAAAAAAACAAGAAGAUGAUAAUACAUUACAAGUCCUUUUACUUAAUAUUCAACAACCAUUAGAUAAGUUACGUAUGCUUUCAACUCAUGAACCUAUGUCACCUUCAAUGUUUGUUACAUCAAAUAAUCAUAUUCACAAUCAAAUAAAAGAACAUCUUUGCAUUCUUCUUGAUUCUUAUACUGAAUGUUAUAAUGAGGCUCAAAAACGUUUAAUGCAUCAUUUCGAACUAAUCGAACGAAUUCUUCAUGAACGUCAAACAAUUAAAGAACGAAUAAAUGAAUUAUAUCAUUGGUUAUUAUCUUCAAUUGAAAAUGAUUUCUUCUCAAAACUUUUAUCUUUAAAACGUUCAAAACUUGAUGAACAAAUAAUUAAUUUUCGUCAAUUCCAUGCACAAUUACGUACACGUCAAUAUUCAUUCGAUUCAGAUAUAAAUACAAAGAUAAAUCUUGAACAGUUAUUUGAUAAUAAUGAUAGACAUAUAUUAAAAUUAAUCGAUCAAUAUAUUCAUUCAUUAAAUGAAAAAUCAAAUCAAUACAAUGAAUAUAUUAAUCAUUUAUCAACACGAUUAAAUGAAUUUCAUCUUGAACAUACUCAUUUAAUUGAUACAUAUUCAAAUUAUAUACGACUUUAUGUCGAGCAAAUAGAACAAAAUAAUGAUUUAAAUUUUUCAGCAUUAGAAUUAUUAUUAAAUAAUGAUCAAGAUCUAGUUAUUGAUCAUACAUUAUAUCAUCGAUUUGUUAAUGAUUUAUUAGAAACAAGAAAUAUUGAAGAUGAAAAUGAUAUUAUUGAAUAUAAAAAUCAAGUUGAUGAAUAUAAAAUUCAUUAUGAAAAAUUUAAGAAUGAUUUAAAAACUAUUCUAACCAAUCGACAAUUUAUACUCAAUCAGUAUGAUUUAAUUACAAAUCAAAUUGGAGAAUUUCUAGUUACAACAGAUCGUUUAUUAAAACAACAACUAACACUUGAAACAUGUCAAGACUUAUUAAUUAAACAUUCGAAAUUGCCUGUUGAACAAUUAAAAGUUUUAAAUGAACAAUUGAUAAAUUUUUAUGCGUCGCCGAAUCUUUUAAAUUUAUACGAGCAAUUAAAAUUAUCAAAACCAAUUGAUCAUUCGAAUUUAACAGUAACAUUUCAAAAACAAACCGAUGACUUGAUUGAAAAUUAUGUAUCAAUUGAACAACGCAUACUUCAAUAUAUUGAAUUGUUAGAAAAUAUUCGACAGAAAACCGAUCAAUAUCAACUAGCUAAAGAACAUGCUGAAAAUUCAAUUGAGCAAGCAAAACAAUUAGUUCAAUUAAAUGAAACUAUCAUACUUCCAUUAGACAAUGAACAAAUUAUUGUUGUAUUACAAAAAUAUAAAGAUAUUGGCAAUCAAUUGAGAUCUAUGUCAAGCACAAUCGACGAAUACAAAACUAUCGGUUUCACAUUGAUCAGUACUGCUCAACGGUAUAUUGAUAGUGAUUUUAUUGAACAAGAAAUCACGUCUAUUGAUAAAAUAUGGUCAGAAUAUGUUGAAUAUAUUUUUGAUACAUUUGAUUAUGUUCAAUUACAUCAAGAAGAUUUACAAGAGUUUUAUCAAUUAGCUACUAAUCUAUUGACUUCAAUCAAUGAAAAACAGACACAAAUCGAAACAAUCAACUAUAAUGAAUUAAAAGAUUUUCAAGAUGAAAUCGAAAAACUCAAUGAAAAUAUUGAAUUCAUUAAUCAGAAAGGAGCACUACUAUUACAAAGUUCAACAUCUGAUUCAAAUGAUAAUCCAGUUGAACGCAUUUUGGAAUCAAUCAGCCGAAGUUAUGAUACAUUAACAAGCAAAUUAAAAACUCCUCUAAAUGACGCUAACCAAAUCGAUUCAUCAACAACAACAACAACGACAGAUGAUAUUUCAUCUACACCAAAGAAUCAAUUUGUCGAUGAACUUCAUCAUCAUAUCAAUGAAAUUGAAUUGGAGAUGAAUGAAUUGUCUGAAUUAUUAGUUGAAUCAACAACUGAUGCAAUAUCAACUCGACCAAUUAAAUUAAAUGAACAAAUAAUGGAUAAUAAUGUUGUUCAUAAUGAAUUAGAACUGCGAAAACAAGCACUUGAUAAAUUGCAUUCAAAAAUAGAAACUUCCAAACAAAUUAUAAGCAAUGCAGAUGAUACGGAUUCGGUUAAAGCUUUCGAUGAAAAACUUACUCUACUAAAUCAACAUUGGUUAAUAAUGAAACAAACUAAUGAAUUACGUGAAGAAAAUCUUGUUUUAAUUCAACUAUGUGCUAAUAAAUUUUGGUCUGAAUGCAAUGAAUUAUCAACAUUUCUGAAUGAUACUUCCGAAAAAUUAUUAAAAAUUCGUCGACGUUCAACAUCACGUCAUUGUCUUGAAGAAGAACAAGAUAAAUUGAAUCAAUUAGAAAACGAUUUUUCAAAUCAUGAAAUUAAAUUUCAAGAAAUUCUUCAAAUACAUAGUUUACAAUUAUUAAAUUUGCUUUCAACAAAUAAUCAACAAGAAACAGAUGAUAUUUAUCGUUGUCUUCAUGAGUUAGAGCAACAAUGGAAUCAUGUUAAAACUGAUUUAAAUACAUGUCAAAAUGAUUUAUUACAAUCAAGAAUUAAAUCAGAUGAAUUAAAUGCUAAAUUAGAAAAUGUAUCAACAUGGAUAGAUGAUAAAUCAUCAUUUACUACAACAACAACACAACUUAACACAAAUAAUGAACUUGAAAAUAUUCGGACAUUUAAAGAAAGUUUAGAUAAUAAAUAUAUUGAUAUUGUUAGUUUAAAACAAGACUAUGUUGAUAUCGAACAACAAAAUGAAUGUGUUAUUGAAGAAAAUUCGAGUCCUGUUGAAGAGCAAUUUGUAGAAAUCGAUACUAAAUGGAUACAAUUAAAAGAUAAAGUUCAAGAACAAAAAACUCUCAUCUAUGAAACAGCUCUUCGUCAAAAUCGUAUUGGUGAUAUUAUUGCUGAUAUAACUCAAUCCUUAGAUGCUUGUACAGUAAAACUCUCUAUCCUAACGGAUAAUUCUUCUGAUAUAAAUCUUAAUGAUAUAAAACAAAUUGAAAUAUAUAUUGCUAAACUUCGUAUACUUUUAAAUGAUAUUGAGUUAAUAUCAUAUGACAUCGAACAAUUGAAACAAAGUAAUUAUGAAGAUAGAAAUUAUGUCUCAUCAAUUAAUAAUCGAUGGGAAGAAUUACUUCAACAAACAAAUGAUAAGUAUAAUUUAUUGGAAAAAAAAUUACAAGAAUUCAAAAUAAAACAAAAAUUGUUCGAUCAAAUUUAUCACGAACUUAAUUUAAUUGAUAAACAAGUUACUGGAAGUACAAUUAAUACAAAAUAUCCAUUGAUAAUUGAACGUUUGGAACACAUCGAAGAACAAAUUAUUACAGAAUUUAUUGAUGAUGAUAGCGAACAACUCAACGAUUUAAAAAAACAUUUAAAUGAUGUUAAAGAAAGAACAUGGAAAAAAGGUCAAGAACUUAUCCAAUUAACUGAAUCCAUUGAAAUUUUUCAUACAUCAUUAAAAAAAUUUACUACUUGGUUGACCGAAAGUGAACGCUUUUUAAAUACUCAAAAACCAAUUCCACGCCGUUUUGCUUUGUUUCAAACAUUAUUACAACAAGCUGAUGACCACAGAGCAUUUCAAAAUCAAUUAGAAAUCUAUAAACAACAUUAUAUUGAUCUAGAUAAAUUAGCAACUCACUUACAAUAUGUUUUACCGAAAAAUGAUUCGAUUUAUAUAAGAAAUUCUUUAAUUUCUGUUCAAACACGUUGGCAAAAUAUUAAUACUCGUGCCAAUGAAAAAAUGAAAGAACUAGAAAAAGCUGUUCAAGCAGCAAAAAAGAUAAUUCGACCGGUGGUAGCUGAUAUUGAUAGAAUUAAAAGUGAAGUCCAUCGACAAACAUCUCUUUGUCAAUGUCCAAAAAAAUAUGAUGUACAACAAAUGGGCGAAGGACGAUAUCGAUUUGGUGAAUCACAAAGUCUGCGUCUUGUUCGUAUACUUCGUUCAACAGUUAUGGUUCGUGUUGGUGGCGGUUGGACAGCGCUUGAUGAGUUUCUUGUUCGACAUGAUCCAUGCCGAGGAAUAGAUAUUUACAGUCGAUUUUUGGCGACUGUUGCUACAGGAUGUUUAUCUUAUGUGGAAGAGUAUUUAUCAUAUGAUCCUAAAGGUCGUACUAAUUAUGAAUUACAUCCAGAAAGUUACGCGCUACGUGAUGGCGUUGCUCAAACAAUGACAUUAUUUAAACCAAGACUUGUUACUGUUCAUCGACCAACAUGUCUUUAUCAUCAACAACAAUCAACUGGACCAUUGAAACAACUAACAGAAGUGACACCAAUUCGGCCUUCAAAAGAGAAAUCUGAUCGAAUAUCUUCAGCGUUAAAUUUAACACAGCAACAAAAUUCAUCAUCGAAUUGUGAUUUAUCCUUGUCAGCUGAUGAACUUUCAAUAUCGUCACACAUUAAUAGUGAUACAGAAGCAAAACCAUCUCUAAUACCAAUACCAGUUGCUAUGUACACACCCGCAACAUCAACAUUAAGUCGAACGUCAAGUCGUGAAAGUGUUCUUUCUGAACAAUCAUGUAUAUCAACAUCGUCAACACAACAACGUCGACCAAGUAAACUACCAUUGCCAAUCUCUCGAUAUAAGAAAGCAACAAAUGGAACGGCACCGGUCAAAAAUUCCUAA